UCAAGAUGAAUAUUUUGAUUAUACAGUUGUCUGUCACGAUUCAGUAAUCAUUGCUAUUUAUCCCAGAUUGUGUUCGUAGUGUUAAUUUUUGUAGUUAAAAAUAAUUCGGACCAGUAUAAUUGUAGUUUUAUCUUAAACAAAAAAUCUUCUUAUAAUGGGAGAACCCCAUGAGACACCGGCUCCCGAGGUACUGAAACCUAAAAUUAAGCAUGACUGGUAUCAAACUGAUGCUCUAGUGGUGGUGACAAUUCUUCUCAAGAAUGCUCAGAGUGACAAAGUUAAAGUUGUUUAUGGUGAGCGUAGUCUGUCCGUAUCAAGUCCAAUACCAAACUCGGAAUCUGAAUACAGUCUGGAAAUAGAAUUGGCCCACGAGAUAGUGCCGUCAAUGUGUACACACGUUGUAUCACCAUCCAAGAUAGAAGUGAAGCUUCGGAAGAAGGAAGGUCUCCGAUGGAAUCUUCUAGAAGGAGAGGGGAGAGAGGAAAAAAUUAAAGCCAUACCACAAGCCGUCAUUGAUGCCUCCGGACCCCAACAGCCACCGAAGCUGUUUAAAAAGGACUGGGAUCAGAUAGAGAAAGCCAUCAAAAAAGAGGAGGAAGAGGAGAAACCUCAAGGUGACGCAGCGCUUAAUGCUCUGUUCCAGAAAAUAUACGGAGAGGGGUCGGACGAGGUCAGGAGAGCGAUGAACAAGAGCUUUGUCGAAUCCGGCGGAACUGUCCUCAGCACGAACUGGAAUCAGGUCGGCAAAGAGAAAGUCGAAGUGAAGCCCCCGGACGGACUGGAAUUCAAGAAGUGGGACGAUUAAUCAUCUCAAGAUAAACUUAUCUUUAUCUUUACAAUAUAAAGAUAUAAUUAUCUUUACAAAAUCCGCCAACGGUUUGUAAGUCGCUCGAUACGAUAUGUCCAUGUAUUUAUAAUAAUAAAUAAUUGUUAAAGUUAUUAGCUAAUAAA